CUAUGGUAUAAAAGGGCCCAAAUCUUUUCCGCCAUUUCUUCUUCCGGGAUCUUCCCAAUUCCCAAGACUGGCCGUUAAACUCUUACAAUCUUCAAGGCACUAAAAUUUCCGAUCAUACACAAUCUUCCUCAUCGUCGCCUCCAAACUUUCAUCGGGUAAACAAUGGAGACGUUUGAGUUUUACCGAAGGUCAACCAUCGGAAUAUGCUUGACGGAUGCAUUAGAUGAGAUGGUUUCAAACUUUACUCUCAAGCCUGAGUUAGCUAUUCAAGUUAUCGUCCAGUUCGAUAAGUCUAUGGCUGAAGCCCUGGAAAGUCAAGUGAAGAGCAAGGUUACCUUUAAGGGACAUCUGCACACCUAUAGAUACUGCGACUGUGUUUGGACCUUCGUUUUACAGGAUGCUUUGUUUAAGAUGGAGGGUUCUCAGGAGAAUGUCGAUCGGGUGAAAAUAGUAUCAUGUGAUUCAAAGUUACUCUUAAAAUGACAUAUCAAUCAGUGUUAUCUCUGAAGAUAGUGGAAGGAGAUGAUUUUUUCUAUGUACUUGGUGGUAUAUUUCUUUCUGAUAACAUAAUGUACAACAGGCAAAA